CAGUAGAGUUCUAAGUGUCUAGUUUAUAAUAAAAUAAAUUUUUGGAUUAUUUAUCCUCUAUUAUAUUGUAUAGCAAAAUUGUAACAUUUUAAACAAGUCAAAUUUAAUCAUUAAGAAAUCCACGAAUCUAGGAUAAUAAGAUAAUAAAAUUCAAAACACAAAUAACAAAAAAGACGUUUUUUAUUAAGAUAUGAAAUUGCGUCAGAUACUAUUUCAAUAAAUUAUUUAACAAAUAAUCAGAGUGGAGAGAGUUGAUAAAAAAAUAAAUAGAGAUACAAUUAAAAAGUUUUAAGCUCAAAAAGCCUAAAAGCUCCAAUGUAUAACGGUCGCCAUUACGAGGCGAGAACGAAAGUAUGUCGUUACCGCGUGAAUGGAAUUUUUUACCCCAGGAAGCGAGAUCCUCAAUGGAUCUUAGACACCCAUCAGAUGAGGUAUCAAAGAAUUUUAAUGGCAGCAUUACAUCAGCGGUUAUCGACGAAAAUUUGAAUCAAAAAGAUUUACUAGGCUCACUAUUUUCAAUACAUUCAGCACCAGUUUAUGACUUGAAUACAUCAUCACCAACGAGACCAUCAGCUUCAUUGGUAGCAGCUAAUGCUACUUCAACACCGGUAGUACCACCUCAUCUAAGUCCUGAUAUUGAUGAUGAAGACAACGAUAAUCUUCUGACAAUCUCCAGUCUCACAGCUAGACCUUUAAUUGCCACUGCAAGAGAAAUUCGAUCAUCAAAAAAAUCAGCGAUUCGUAAAAAGUCCAAUAAAGAGACCAAAAGACGGAAAAAGAAUACUAACCUGGUACCUCUAGACGGGGGUUAUGGCUGGAUUAUUGUUGGUGGUGCUUUUUUUGUACAGUUUUGGGUUGCUGGGCUUGUUAAAUCAUAUGGAGUCUUGUAUGUUGAAAUUAUGGAAACAUUUCAAGAUUCAUCUGCUUCUUUCGCUUCCUGGAUACCAGCAAUUCUUUCAUGUCUAUGUCUAGCUCUUGCUCCUGUGACAAGUAUUCUAUGUCAAAAAUAUAGUUGCCGUUUGGUAGUAUUCAUUGGAGGCUUAUUCUGUGCAUUAGGUUUGACACUAAGUUAUUUUGCAACACGUUUAAUCCAUUUGUUCUUUACAUUUGGUGUUAUGACUGGAAUUGGUGGUGGUUUAUCAACAACGCCAGGAAUAAUAAUAGUUUCGCAGUACUUCAACAAACAUCGUGCACUAGCUAAUGGAAUUUGUGUAUCAGGAACAGCAGCUGGAAGUUUUGUCUUCCCUUUACUAAUUGAAUUUCUUGUCGCAAAUUUUGGAUUCCAUGGAACAAUUUUAUUACUUGGCGGUUGUAUGCUAAACGUUUGUGUUUCGGCAUCUCUUUAUCGACCGUUAGAAGAUAAUCCAUCAGCUGUAAUUGAAUCAAAAGAGAUUGAAACGAAAGAAGAUAGUAUUGUUGAAGCACCCCCAUUAAAACAACAAAAGCUUGAAUUAAUUUUUGCUAAUGAUAAAACCCCGGAAAAGAAUAUUUUAAAUGAUUUUUUUAUUCAAAAUACCACGGUGGAUUUGACUGAUAGCGAAGAAGAAAAAGAUAUAAUGGGUGAAGGAUUACGGAUGAAACCGAUAUCUAAAAUAAGAAGUUCCAGUAUAUUGCAUAGUGUUGAAGAUCUCUCUACAGAUUCUACGUGUGUUUAUAAAGCACGAUCAUCAUUAAAAUCUUUGAGACCAUCUACUACAACUCUGGCAUGUCCACCCUUUUCAAAAGAGCCGGUAGUUACUAAAACAAAAAGUGAACAUGUGACAUUAUCUCAAAAAAUAAUGGAAUAUCUUGAUAUAAGUUUAUUAAAAAACGUUCAAUUUCUCAUGAUGUGUUUGUCUGUCAUGUUGAUGAGCACUGGAAGUCCCUAUAUGUUGUAUUACUUGCCAGCUUAUGUGCAUGAUUCUGGUUAUACCAAAUCAGAAGCUGGCUACCUAGUUGCUAUAUCUGCAGCUUUUGAUCUCUUUGGACGAUUAGGACUGGGUUGGCUUUCUGAUUUGCAACUUUUUAAUAGGAGAAAAGGAUAUAUUGGCAGUAUUGUUGGUGCUGGAGUAGCUGUCUUGGCAAUUCCAAUGGCUCACUCUUUCUAUGUACUCGCUUGUUCUGUUGGAAUGUAUGGUUUAUGUUUGGGCUGUUGGUUUCUACUUGUCCCAGUUUUACUUGCCGAUCAAUAUGGAACUGAAAAAAUUUCUUCUACUUAUGGUUUGGUCAGAAUGUUUCAAAGUGUUGGAGCAAUAUCCAUUCCACCCCUUGCAGGUUACCUUCGUGAUAGAACAGGAAGUUAUAACACUUGCUUUUUUUGUAUGGGCACCUGUAUGAUGCUAGGAGGUUUACCUUUACUUUUUGUUUCAAGUGAUAUGCAAAGAAAUAAACGAAAUGAAUUAAACGUUAAUGUACCAUUGAAUGGACAAAUAACACAAGUGAAACCUCAAGAAUAAAAACUGAUUAUAAAUUUAAUAAAGGAAAAUGAAAGGACACGAUAGAAUAUUAAACAUAAUAUCUAAAAAAACUAUAAAUUCAAAAAAAAAAAAAAUGCCAAUAAGACGAAUUAAUUACAUAAUUACACAUGAGUGGAAUAAAUCAUUUUGUUAAAUGAAAAAAAAAGUUGUUUUACCAAAACUGCAGAGCUUAUAAUGAAAGAACAAAGAGAAGAAAUUAUAUUUAUAAGUACUAAUAGUUGACACAAGAAUGAAAAUAAUGGAAGAAGAGUAAUGAGGAUUGAACGAUGGAACAAAGAAAAGUCUUAAGAGUAGGAGUAGAUAUUGAAUUAUCAAUAAAUUAAAGGAGAAUUUUUUUGAAGUAUUUUUUUUCUUUUGUAAAUAUAUGCACGUGUUGCAUGAUUUUUAACUUUUUUUAAUUAGGUUUAAUUGUUAAAUAGGAAUAAUUUAGACCUGAGGAUAUGAUCGCUUGUGUUAGUUCAAAUUAUUUUCUAACUUUUCGGUUAUACAUUGUAUAAAACAGAUGUAUUAUAAUAAAAAUUAUUGCCAAUUGCACGCAAGA